AUGUCAACAUCUUCAAUCAACAACCUAGAAGGCUCCAAAGGCGACCAGAUAUCCUUCAACGCCGUCGAGGUCGUUCAUAGGGAUGCUUCUCAUCUAGGUCCAUCGUCUAGCAGCCAGACUGGUACAGGAGAACUCGGGAACCCCUUGAGAGGAAUUCCCAAAGACAAAUUGAUAACCGACGCCGAAGAGUUUGCCAACAAAUAUGGGUUGGAAGCAGACGCCGAGUACUUCAAGAAGGGAGCCCUGGCAGCCCAGAAUCCGACAGCCUAUAAUGAAAUACCUGAACUAACUGAGGACGACAAGUCUAUUCUGGUGGAGGAAGUUGAGCACCGGUGGAGGCAUCCCAAGGCACUCUACUUCACAAUCGUCAUGAACUCUAUCAGCGCGGCAGUUCAGGGAUGGGAUCAAACAGGCUCUAACGGUGCCAACUUGUCUUACCCUCAGGUUUUCGGCAUCUCGGACAAAGGGGAAGCUUGCCUCACUGCUGGAACCUGUGAAAGGAACUCAUGGAUCAUCGGAGCAAUUAACAGUGCGCCUUAUAUGGCCAUCUGCAUCAUGGCCUGUUGGCUAUCAGACCCCGUCAACAACUGGAUGGGUCGUCGAGGCACCAUCUUCAUCGGCGCCAUCUUUGGUCUUAUCGGCCCAGUUGGCCAAGCUCUAUGCCAAAGCUGGCCUCAAAUUUUGGCCUGCAGAAUAUUUCUUGGGAUGGGAAUGGGUUUGAUGGAGGUUACCGUUCCAGUCUUUUCGGCCGAAAACUCUCCUGCCAGCAUCCGUGGUGCGCUUGUCAUGUCUUGGCAACUAUUUGUUGCCUUCGGCAUCAUGCUAGGUUUUACAGCAAAUUUGGCCGUUGUCGAUUUAGGGGACAUCGCAUGGAGGCUGCAACUAGGUUCCGCUAUGAUUCCUGCGGUCCCUCUUUUGAUUGGAAUUUACUUUACGCCAGAGUCACCACGAUGGUUGCUGAAAAAAGGAAGAUACGCGAAAGCUCAUCGGUCCCUUCUCAGACUAAGAGGGCACCGUCUCCUCGCUGCCCGGGAUUUGUAUUACAUACACUCACUGUUGGAGAUGGAGAAAAGCAUCAUCGCAACAACGGGCUUUUCUAAGGGCAACUUCUUCACACGGUGCAUCGAACUAGCUACAGUCUCGCGCAACCGACGCGCGGCUCAAGCGUCAGGUAUCAUCAUGGCCGCUCAGCAGUUCUGCGGCGUUAACCUAAUGGCCUUUUACUCGUCUACCCUUUUCGAGCAAGCUGGAGCAAGUAACAAAGUUGCUCUCCUAGCUUCUUGGGGUUUUGGCAUGGCCAUGUUUGUUUUCGCGAUCCCUGCACUAUACACCAUCGACAUUUGGGGCAGAAGAACUCUAUUACUCGCCACGUUUCCCAACAUGAGUUGGACAUUGCUUGGCGCUGGCAUAUCGUUCUUUAUCCCACAAAGCAACCCAGCCCACCUGGGUCUGAUCGCAAUGUUCAUCUACCUCUUUGCCUUCUUUUACGGUCCAGGAGAGGGCCCCUGCGCGUUUGUCUACUCAUCCGAGGUCUUCCCCCUCUCUCAUCGCGAAGUUGGAAUGUCCUGGGCCGUGGCAACUAACAACUUUUGGGCCGUCAUUGUUGGCCUGACAACUCCUCCUUUGAUACAAACCCUAAAGCCACAGGGGUUGUUCAGCCUGUUCGCGGGGCUGAACAUCGUGUGCCUGGUCGCCAUAUUUCUCUUCCUCCCGGAGACCAAACAGCGCUCUCUCGAGGAGCUGGAUGAAGUCUUCUCGGUCCCGACGCGACGGCACGCCUCUUUUCAACUGAAGGAGGUUUUGCCCUGGUGGUUCAACCGGUACAUCUUAAGGGGAAAUAACGAGCGUCCUCCACAGCUGUAUAGUUUUGAGAUGGUUGAGAACGUGGAGGCUGGGUCUAGAUAA